CGGGCGAGUGACGCACCGCCUGAAUGCUGCUGAGCGGAAACGAAACUUUAUCUGUGAAAAAGAAACACAUCCUCCAUCGCAAUGGCUGUGGAUUCCAUACGACAGGUUAGGACAGGGCAGUCAACGCCGUACAGGACCCGGCUUACUUUACUGCUGACAUGUUUAGUCAUCGUGGCGGCUACUAGGUUGCAGGCUUCCAAGACGCAGAGCAGCCAUAAGAGUGGCAAAGGGCAAGAAUUAAAUGGGGAGCUUCGGAUUCUGCUGGUUGGGAAGACUGGUGCAGGCAAGAGUGCAACAGGAAACACCAUCUUGGGGAAAAAGGCAUUUGUAUCUGAUUUCUCCUCAUCCUCUGUAACCACAGAGUGCGAAAAAGUCCAUGGAAAUGUGGAUGGAAGAAAAGUAACGGUUAUCGACUCUCCAGGUCUGUUUGACACUAACUUGAGUUCAGAUGAGGUGGUCAGUCAGAUAAAGCUGUGCCUUCCACUGUCUGCUCCGGGUCCACAUGCAUUUUUAGUUGUGAUCAGGUUAGGUAGAUUUACAGAGGAAGACGAAGAAACAGUGAAGCUAUUUCAGAUCAUUUUUGGUGAAGAAUCUUCCAAGUACACUAUGGUACUGUUCACACACGGUGAUCAACUGAAAGGAAAAAAUGUUCAUCAGUUUGUACGUGACAGCCCGAAACUUUUGAAUGUGAUCAAGAAAUACAGUGGGCGAUACCAUGUGUUCAAUAAUGAAGAUCAGGAUCCGGAGCAGGUCAUCCAGCUUCUGGACCAGAUUGAUAAGAUGGUCACUGGAAAUGGUGGAGGACACUACACCAAAGAGAUGCUGCAGGAGAUUGAGAGAGCUAUAGAAGAAGAGAAACAGCGCAUCCUGAAAGAGAAUGAAGCACAGAGACGGGAAGAGAUAAAGAAACUGAGGUCACUGCUAAAAGGAGAAGAGAUGGAAAUGGCAAUCCAGGUUCUGAAGGUGAAACAUGAGAGAGAGGCAAGAUGGAAAGCUGAAAGAAGCAGUACACUGUUUGAAAAAAUCAAACAAUUUCUUUAUGACAUCUUCAAUAAGAUUUAUGAAUUUUUUGAACAUUUUUUUUAUCCUACACACCAGUUUCCUUCAUUUAUUUUUGGGGCAGCAUACAGCAGCCAAUUGAAUGCAUAUUCAACCAAAGCGAAGCCAGCAGGUGACCCCAGUGCUCAAAACAAAAACAAAAAGGUCUUCAUCUUAUAAAAAUACCAGGUGACUAGGUGGGCACUCACAUCAGUAUACAUUUAGGCACAGACCAUACCUCUAAAUAUCUAUCAUUUAUUAAGCCAUGACAAUGCCAAAAUGCCAGCUACAUGCAAAAAGCUACACCAGAUGAUCUCUGUAGGCCUAUGUAAAUCCAUGAUGGUAACAAUUAGUCACAUUAUCUGGGACUACACCUGAAAGUUGCAAUUGAAGGCAAAUGUAUCUACACUACAACAUUAUGAUUUUAAAUAUUUAAAAGAUUUGAAAAAACAGAUCUGAGUCCCAUUUUGAACAGUUCAUCCAAACGCUUUGUAAAGUUCUCCCUUUAAAAGGGAAUUCUGUGGAAGUCUGCAGAUGCCAUGAGCUGUUGUUAUAAUUUCUGGAUUGUUAUCUUGAGAUAAUGAGUUACUUAUCUUGCGAAAGUUGUUAUCUUGAGAUCACAAGAUAAAUAAUUCAUUAUCUCAAGAUAACAACUUGGUUAUCUUGAGAUCACAUGAUAGUUAACUUGUUAUCGCAAGAUAACAGCUUUGUUAUCUUGUUUUGGGUUUUAUGGAGGAGUAGAAUUUGGUAAAUGCUAUUUUGGCACCUGCCAAUACUAUACUCCCCUUGAUAUCUCUGGAUUGCAGGAUCUCAGACAAACCCAAUUUAUUCUGGUGACAUUUCUUGGUCUGUAAGCUAUAGUGUAGAGAGUAUAUAAUUCCAGGUUCAACAAUAUUAAUUUUAUCAGGGGGGAGUAGAAUAUUUACCCAGAUUAUUCUCUAUCCUCAUGUCUGGGUUGAGAAACCACAUUUAUUCUGGUAAGAUAUUUUGGUCUGUACACUAUGCAGGUACAUUUUUUGUUCAUCAAGGUACAAACAAUGUAAAUGUACCUCAAA